AUGGCCACUGUUCGCCAUGGUGGCACCAUGCUUUUGAUUGGAGGCGUGGAGAAUGGAAAAGCCAGCAAAAAGAUUAUCGAAUACGAUUUCGAAACUGGCCAGAGCAAGGUCCUAUUGACCAUGAAAACGGAACGAGCUUAUUGUUCGUGUGUUUGUCGUGGAAACACGCUCAUCGUAAUUGGUGGUGCGAAAGACGACCCUGCUGCAGUGGAUUGUUUCAACUUUUUAUCAAAUUCUUGGAAGAGAUUACCCCCAAUGGCUGAGGCAAGGAUACUUGCUUCUGCAGUUGUUGUUAAUUAG